CCUGGAGAAGACAGCACCUCUGGCUGCCCCGGGCAUGGGAGACCAUUGAGGCAAGAAGUGCGGCAGGGGCUGGCUCCGCCACCAAGGCGGCUGCUACGGAUACUUCACGCAGAAGAAGAGGUGGGAGGAUGCUGAGAUCAUAUGUCAGAGCUACGGUCCUGGGGUCCACCUGGCCUCCCUUCACAAUACCAUGGAAAACAGCAUGAUUGCCCGGUACAUCUCCCAGCACCACAGGAACAAUGACUGCGUCUGGAUCGGACUCUAUGACCGGCAGCACAAUCGGAGCUGGAGGUGGACGGAUGACUCUGCGGUCAGCUAUUUAUCUUGGGACAGAGGGCAACCCAAUAAUGUGAGGAACAUCGAGUACUGCGCAGCAUCUUGCAUCCACUCAGGUUUCCAGAGGUGGCACGAUUAUCCCUGUGCAACGGAGUUCGCCUUCCUUUGCAAGCACAGGCUGUGGGAAAGCAGCUCACCUGUGCCCAAGGGGAGCAAGUGAGACGAAGGAAUUGGACCUGGAGGGAGAGGGAGGUCGUCCCAGACCCUCGGGCGCAUCCAGGAACCAUUCGGGAGCUCCUUUGAGAGACCAGCCCCGCAUCCCUGGCUGUAAAAUGUCUUUUCCAAACUAUCGCUGUGUCCCAUGGCCACGGCCGUCCCCAUGCCCCUCCUGUCUGUGAUGCUCUCGCACGUCUC